UACAUGCAUAUGCAGAUCUAUUUGAUGUAGCCAGUGACUGUGCACGCGUGUGUGGGAGUUACAUGUCUGCUAAGUUCCCAAUGCUUUUGCAUACAUUAGAUUCUAUUAAGAAGAACGUGAAAUUCUAUGGGGAUAAAAUGUAAAUCGGAUUUAAACUGCUGCGUUCUCUGGAGACUUUACUCCUAAAGUCCCAAAGCUACUUGAAGGAUUUUUACCUCCUCCCUAACUAAUUUUAUAUUUCUAAUUCUAAGACUUACUUUCAAUGUAUACUUUCAGCUAGGGAAUCAACACAAGCAAAACCAAUUUUUUCCUCUCUUGACAUCUCGCCUCCUAUUGGCUCCAGGCAGGUCAGCUGACUUUGUCAUUUUGUCUGUCCUGGAGUGGAGCCGUCCCUAUAACAAUCUAGUUCAGACUACAAACUGGAGACAGAAAUAAAUAUUAAAGAAAUCUUACAGGCAGGUAAAGGAGAAGAUAUGAAUUCCUAUUUCACGAACCCCUCUUUAUCCUGCCAUUUAGCUAGUGGCCAAGAAGUUAUACCAAAUGUGGCCCUUAAUUCAACUGCCUAUGACCCUGUUAGGCAUUUUUCCACUUAUGGAGCAGCGGUUGCUCAAAAUAGGAUCUACUCUUCACCAUUUUACACACCGCAAGAUAAUGUUGUUUUCAGCUCCAGCCGGGGCCCCUAUGAGUAUGGAUCUAAUGCAUUUUACCAGGAAAAGGACAUGCUUACUAGCUGCAGGCAGAAUUCUAUGGGACACAAUACACAGACUUCAAUUGCACAGGAUUUUAACAGUGACCAAAACAGAACCAAUGUCCAGGAACAGAAAACUAGCAUACAGAUCUAUCCUUGGAUGCAGCGCAUGAACUCCCAUAGUGUUUGUCUUGUGUCUGAAUCCCUAGGGGUGGGCUAUGGAACGGACAGAAGGCGAGGUCGUCAGAUCUACUCCCGUUAUCAAACCUUGGAGCUGGAGAAGGAAUUUCACUUCAACCGUUAUCUGACCCGACGCAGGAGGAUUGAAAUCGCCAAUGCACUUUGCUUAACAGAGCGUCAGAUCAAAAUCUGGUUCCAGAACAGGAGGAUGAAGUGGAAAAAGGAAAGCAACCUCACCUCCACCCUAACUGGGAGCACUGGGGGCAAUGCUGACAGCCUGACCGGGGGGAAAGAGGAGAAGGGAGAAGACACAGAGGAGCAGCCCAAAGAGUGAACACUACCAGCAAUCCCUCUACUCCCUACUACUAUCCCUCCACCCCCCCCACCUCAGCUGGCAGAAUUCAUCUGGAUGGGCUGCAUUAUCGGAAACAAAUAUAGAAAUAGAGAAAAUAUAUAUCUUCCCAUCUUUUUUUAUACAGCCACUUGUGGACUCUAUAUAUAUAUCUAUCUAUCUAUGAAUCCAUUGAGGGAAUAGACGACCUGCAACAAAAAAAAGAAGCUUUUGGCCAGCCUACGUCCACCCUUUAAUUUCUUUGGCUUUGAGUCUCUGUGUCAUGUUGUCCUCAAACUUUUUAGAACAAAAGACAGUAUUCCAAAGUCACACAUUUCCUUGUAAACAAACAUUGCCUGCUAACAAAGGGAGACUAAUCCAGUGACAGACGUUGCCUGUAUAUGUGUGUGUUUGGGAUGGAGCUUGCACACUUCCAAUGUGAAGAAAUUCAUAACCUCCCCAAAAGAACUCUCCUGAUCCCUUUUGCCAUGGACACCUAAAAUAUGCCAUCCACCCCCCACCUCCCCAGCCCCCCUCUUCUCCCCCAAAAACUAGCUUGACUGUAUUCAAAACGAUUCUUUGGAUGAUCUUCCAUAUUCCAUACUGUGACAGUUACCGUGUGACUCUUAUUUUUCAUUGUGCCAUUGGUGUCAGUAUUUAUAUUUAUGUCAGCACUGCAAUGUUCAAUAUUAGCUCGUAAAAUGAAGUUUCCUAGCUGUAGAAUAAUGGUUACUUUCUCGUGUUCCACUGACUAUGUAUAAAGAUCACGUCCUAUGGACAAACUGUUGAGUAUUUAAUAAAAUUGAUAUUAUUUUUA